AUGGAUAGCGAUGAACAUCCGGUAUAUCACGAGCGUCGACUGUCUACGACCGACGUGAGUUCCUUGGGUAACACACUCCUUCAGGCUUCGAUCUCCGCGCGGGGAAGCGCGCAGGGGGAAGACCAAUGCCACAACGUGCCGGCACGAAAUACGGCGGGUUUCAGGCCGCCGACAGAAGCCUCGACGCAGGAGGACUCAUGGCCGAUGGGACCGCCGCAAGAGAUCCCUGCGCAACGCCAUCCAGCGGUCCCGCCACGAAGCCCAACGCCCUUCGGACCGCCGCCAGAAGAGGCAACAGCAUCUAGCCACAGGGCAGCGACUCCCAUGCCGCCGAGCCCUAUUCCGGGAAGACGGAGGCGCGCGCGGCCGCCGCCAAUGCCUGAGCCACCCAUAAAGUGCCCAAACUGGAUGGCGGUGUCGGACUUCCAAGGGCGACGAGGAGAUACGGACAAGGCGCCACCGACGCCCAGGGCACCCGCGGGGCGUUCGGACCCAAAGCGGGGCCGGGGGCUUCUGCAAGCGAUGAAGGAGGCCGAUAUCAAGGUUAUUGCGCGGACGACCGAUCUUACGCAUGACAAGGUCGGUGCGUACCAGGCCACAAUGAUCGAUCCGUGGCUCCUGGACCAGGAGGUCCUCAAAGACAGCACGGCCUUUCUGGCGCGUGUGGCCGUCGAAGAUACUCUGCAUAACAAACAGCCUCGUAUUCAAGAUGUAGGAGAUCCUGAAGAUAUAGUGGACGAGGUAUUAAUGCGCUAUAGGGUGUACAUGGGUCUUACCUUGAUGGACGACGUACCAGGGCCCCACUUCACCUUUGUCGACCCGCUGCUGGCCAUAAACGCUGGCGGAAUGGCGAGGCAGGCUAUGAAAUUGGUUCGUCUUUUUGAGGCUGCAGCAAACGGAGAGCGUGCGAAGGUAGAGGAUCAAGUAAUAAGUAACGAAGAUGUAGAGGACCAGAAGCAGGAAAUCAACUGCGGGGACGCGGACAGCCAGGGAGCAGGCCGUCAGAGAUUGAAACGCAAAGAUAUCAUUGUCUGCAUCCCGGCCAACACUGAAGGCAUCAAGGCGGCUCGGUGGCUAGAAACUCAGGAUAUCAAAACUAACCUCAUCUUCGUAUCGAGUCUGGAGCAUGCAUCGUUAUGCAUAGAAGCUGGCGCAACUUUCAUCACGUUUAACCUGAAAAUGUUGGCCAAAUGCGAGAUGGAGUGGGCAUACGCAAAGUCCGGAAGUACACAGAUUGCUGAAAUAGUCGAUGCACAGUGCCGAGCUGCGGCCCUCGAUACAAUCCGUAUAGUUGCAGCCUAUUGUCAUUAUAACAAAGUGAAAACGGAGGUGCUGGUGGCGAACACGAGGCUCUGCGACAUCCAGUGGCUUGGCGAUGUUAAAGGUGUAGUUUUGCAUGACUAUCAAACACAGGACGCCAUUUCCGAAAACGGCUGGAUUAGGGAGACGUCCCCGGCGGUGUGCGCGGUGGCGCGAGCGGCGAAGUACCCGACCACGUACGUAGGGCAGAAGGGAGUGAAGGAAAGGUACGUAAAAGCGCUUCCACCAAGACCACAGUGGCUCGCAGGGCGCAUGCUAUUUCUCGGCUUGGACGACAUCAUGAAGAGCUUCCGCGAGCUGACGGACCACAUGCAAGCGCUUCUUGAGAAUGGGCUGUUAAAAGGCUUGAGCGUUGAAGAGCUCCAGCAAAUGUACUUUCCGGACAUCACCAAUCAGAAAGCUUAUGAGGCCCAGCUCGAGCAGGCCGAGAACGAAGGGCACCCGACAUACGUGCGAAACCCGGGGGCGAGGACAAAUCACUUGGGGUAUCGACUUUACGACAUCAAUUGGGACAAGCCAGAAAAACCGGUAGAGCAAGAUGGUCGGCUUGAGGCCGAUAACGAGCUGAUGUCUCUCAGCUCAGAAUAA